UUGGUGUCUGAUAACAAAGUGUCUUUCAAUUGAGAUUAUCAAGAGAUAGAUGAUUUUGUUGUGUUCGAAGUAACCUUCAAUGAACCGCUAGCGUUUUUAUUUAAAUUCAAUAUUCCUAUUGUUCAAAAGUGAAACUAUCAGCUACUUAUCAACUACUUAUAGUUUGUCACGGACGACAGAGCGAUAAUUAUGGCUUACUGUCUUCCCUAUUGUGUGUUUAUCUUUGCGAUUUUUAUAAUGUCGAUAUGCGUUUGGUUGGGCAUCGAAAAUUCACCGGAUCUGGAUCUUGGUGAAAAUAAGAGGAACUCAGAAGCUGAUGGGGAGUUAGUGUUUGUUCAUGUGCUUUAUCGUCAUGGUGAUAGAAAUCCAGUAAUGUCCACACCAGGUAGUAAAUACACUGAUCUUUCUUACUGGCCCGAAGGAUGGGGACAGUUGACUACUUUGGGAAUACAACAAGAAUACUCGCUCGGCCAAUGGUUGCGGCGUAGAUACAAUAACUUUCUCAGUGAAGUAUACCAUGCCAAUGACAUUUAUGUGCGAUCAUCCGACGUGGAUCGAACUAUAAUGAGUGCACAGAGUGUAUUGGCCGGGCUGUAUCCACCUCACGGGAAACAAAUGUGGAAGAAAAAUUUCUUCUGGCAACCGAUACCGGUACAUACUGUACCGGCAAGUAUGGAUUAUUUGAUCGCAACAAAUGUGCCCAACUGUUCGUCGUAUGAAAAUGCGAUGAAGCAGUACUUAGCCUCGGAUGAGAUGGAAAAAUAUUAUCAUUCGAUUCAGCCGAUUUUCGACUAUCUGACUUUGCACAUUGGAAAAAACAUCAGCACCUACGGCGAGCUGACGGUCACACGAGAUACAUGGAUUUGUGAGACCACUCACAAGUACAAACUUCCUCAAUGGGUCGGGAAACUUUACCCGAACAACGAUGAUUUCGAACGAGCCGCUAUGACAUAUUACACACUUUCCAGCGGAACAAAAUUCCUGUCAAAAUUUUCCAUCGGAUUUUUCCUCAAGGACAUUCUCGACCGUUUCACGUCGAAAAUUCAAAAUACUUUAACACCGAACCGCAAAAUGUGGAUGUACAGCUCGCACGACUUGACUGCAUUCAGUUUUUUGCGUUCACUGAAACUUUUAGAAAAUCAGUACGUGCCGUAUGCUGCAGCUAUUACUUUGGAAUUGCGAAAAAUUGGAAAUGAACACAUUGUUCAGAUAUUUUACAAAAACUCCGACAAAAAUCCAGGACCAAUUGAUAUACCUGGAUGUGGAACCGCCUGUCCGUUAUCGAAAAUGUACGAAAUUUAUGAUGAUAUCAUACCGAAAAAUGAUUUCGAUACUGAAUGUCUCAUACCGGAAGAGGCGGACACGAGGACAGAUACUUAACUCAAAUUGGAUACAAU